AGAAUGGCAUGAAAUAAUAAUAAAUAAAUUUAAAAAAAAAGGAUGGCGGGCCAUUUUCCUAGUGGGUCCUUACUUUCUUCUCAAAACUAGCCGGAGAAUCCGACGGUUCCUCCCCGCUUUGAAUCCAUAUUUCCCGACAACUCCCCCCUCCUCUUCUCUUCUUCCUUGCCCUUUCCUCUCAUAUAUAAAAAACAAAAAAAUAGAAUUCACUCAACAAAAACAAAUAAUUAUCCCUCAGAACAAAAGAAAAAGAAAAACGAAAAAGACGCAUACUCGCUAAUGUUCGCCAAAAUCUUCCAUAAACAUGGCAUCUCCUCACAUUCUAAAAAACCUAAGAAGAAUGAUUCAGAAGGAAGCUUGAUGUCAGCAAAUUUGAAUCCCCGUUUGACCGUACACUAUGGAAUACCGGCGACGGCCUCAAUUCUGGCGUGUGAUCUCAUCCAACGACUCGUAGCAGUUGGAACAUUGGAUGGGAGGAUUAAAGUGAUCGGUGGCGAAUAUGUAGAAGCGCUUCUAGUGUCACCUAAGCACAUACCUUUCAAAAAUUUGGAGUUUCUACAAAAUCAAGGUUUUCUUGUUAGCGUGUCAAACGAAAAUGAGAUUCAGGUCUGGGAUUUGGGACAAAGGCAGAUAGCUUCCAGCAUAAAGUGGGAGUCGAAUAUAACUGCUUUUAAAGCCAUUCAUGGCACCAGCUACAUGUAUCUUGGAGAUGAGCACGGAAUGGUGUAUGUUUUAAAGUAUGAUGCUGACCAACGCAAGCUUACCAACCUGCCCUAUUAUGUUCCCACAAAUGUUAUAGCUGAAGAGGCUGGAAUUUCAUCACCUAAUCAUCCUUCUGUUGUUGGAGUUCUCCCCCAACCUUGUUCUCAGGGAAAUAGAGUACUGAUUGCUUACGUGAAUGGGUUGAUUGUCAUCUGGGAUGUUUCUGAUGAUAAAGUUGUUCUAGUUAGAGGCAAUAAGGAUCUUCAAUUGCAAGGUGAAACAGCAUCUGGUUCCCCAGAAAAUAAAAACCUUGAGGUUUCUGAUUGUGUAUCAGAAAGUGAUAAAGUGGAGAAAGAGAUAAGCUCUCUUUGUUGGGCAUCUAAUGACGGGUCAAUUCUUGCAGUUGGUUAUGUAGAUGGGGAUAUCAUGUUUUGGGCCCUACCAACUGCUACCUCUAAAAAUAAUCAGCAAGCUUCAAAAUCUCACAAAAAUGUUGUUAAACUACAAUUAUCAUCAGGAGAGAAACGACUUCCAGUCAUUGUUUUACAUUGGUCUGACAACCAAUCCCAUAGUGCUCGUGGUUGCAAGAUUUUUUUUUAUGGAGGUGAUCAAAUUGGAUCUAAAGAAACUCUGACGAUCUUGGACCUUGAAUGCCCUUCUGGAAUAGAAAGUCUAAAAUGUGUCAGCCACGUGGACAUUACACCUAAUGGCUCUUUUGCGGAUAUGGUUUUAUUUCCAACUGUUGGAGAGAUGGAGAAUGGUGGCAGUUUGUUAUUUGUGUUGACAAAUCCAGGGCAAUUGCUUGUUUAUGAUGAUGCAUGCUUGGCUGCCUUCAAUUCCCAGGAUGAGAAAAAGCCUUGUGUUUCUUCAGGACAGUAUGUUAUGCCAAUACCCAUUGUUGCUCCAUGCAUGACUGUGAGUAAGCUUAGUUUAGUUGACAGAGAUGGGGAAUUUUCGAAGGCUCUUUCCAAGAUAGUAUCAACUGCAAAGCUUAAAGCACCACAUACUCCAAUUAGAUCGAGUAAAAAGUGGCCUUUGACUGGUGGUAUUCCUAGCCGUCUUCCUGAAGCUGCAGAUUAUGAAGUUGAAAGAGUAUAUAUGGCAGGUUACCAGGAUGGAUCUGUUCGAAUGUGGGAUGCUACCUACCCUGCUCUUUCACUUAUCUUUGUUUUAGGAGCUGAGAUAUAUGGAAAGGUUCCAGGCAUUGAUAUUGCUGGUGCAAGUGCACCAGUUUCAGCAUUGGAAAUUUGCUCCUUCACUCAAAGUGUAGCCAUUGGCAAUGAAUGUGGUAUGGUUUGUCUAUUCAAGCUAACUGGAACUUCCAAUGAAAUGAGUUUGAACAUUGUGACAGAAACGGAGAAAAAAGUCCAUACCUUGCAUCAAGCAGAUGGUCCUCAAUGCAUGGCCUUGUUCUCGCUCUUCAGUUCUCCUGUCUGUUUGCUUCAAUCUACAGAAUUUGGUAAUAGACUAGCAGUAGGACUUAAGUGUGGCCGGGUUGCAAUGCUUGAUGUUGGUACAUCUUCAGUGUUGUUCAUUACAGAUAGUUUGUCACGCUCAAACUGCUCUGUCAGUUCUUUGGCUAUGAUAUCCUUUACAGAUACCAAUACCUUAAUAAACAACUCAAAGGAUUCUACAUCCACAAAUCUGAAUGAUGGCGAAAAGGGGUUGGUGUUCAUAAUGACCAGGGACGCUUACCUAGCUGUUUUAGAUGGCAGAACUGGCCAUAUGGUUAGCUCUCAGUCAAUACCUCAGAAAAAGGAGUCGAGUGCCAUCUCCAUGUACAUUUUAGAGGGUGGCAAUAUAGUUUCGUCAACAGUGAUCAGUGAAUCUAAAAAUGAAUCUGCACAUUCUAGUACUGACCCUGAAAUUGCUCCAGUGGAACCUAAAUCUGAGACUGCUGCUCAAGUGGCAUAUCUUGGGCAGAGAUCAAAAAGUUUACUCAUCUUACUUUGUUUUGAGGAUGCACUGCAUUUACAUUCUUUGAAGUCAGUUAUUAAGGGGACCUGUGACUCCAUCCGGGAAGUGAAUCUUAAACAAUGUUGUUGGACUUCAGCCAUCAAGAUAGAUGACAAAGAGUGUGGAUUGGUUCUGCUUUGCAGGACUGGAAUCAUUGAAAUAAGGUCUUUGACAAAGCUUGAAGUGAUGGGACAAUGUUCUUUGAUGACUAUUCUUAGAUGGAACUUCACAGCAAACAUGGAAAAGAUGGCAUGUUCUUCAAAUAGAGGGCAAAUUGUACUGAUAAAUGGGUGUGAAUUUGCUGCUGUAUCUAUUCUGGCCCUUGAGAACGACUUCAGGAUUCCGGACUCUUUGCCUUGUUUUCAUGAUACAGUCCUAGCAGCUGCCUUCGAUGCAACUGUUAAAAGUGAGGAUACGUCCCAUGGGAUUUUAGGUGGUAUUUUUAAGGGCUUAAUAGGUGGUAAGCAGGAUAGAAACAUGCAAAUUAAAGAAGCUUGCAGGAACGAUUUCCCACAAUUGGAGAGCAUAUUUUCUAGUCCCCCAUUCUUAAAGCCUUCCACGGCCAGCACGGAUGACAAAGAAGUCAUCAAUCUUAACAUAGAUGACAUCCUAAUUGAUGAGAAAAUCACUGUCUUCCCUAAAUCUGAGACAAUCAAUAAUGACGAGAAAAAUAAAAGAGAAAGACUAUUUGAGGGUUCAAGUACUGAUGCAAAACCAACAGUCAGAUCAGUUUACGAGAUCAGGGCCAAGUAUCGAGGACCGGAGGAUGCUGCGGCUGCGGCUGCACGGGCAAGGGACCGGCUUAUAGAGCGGCAGGAAAAGCUUGAGAGGAUCAAUGACCGGUCACAAGAGCUACAAAACGAGGCAGAGAACUUUGCAUCCAUUGCACAUCAACUUGCCAGGAAAAUGGAAAAGAAAAAAUGGUGGAAUAUAUGACCUUGAAUGGCUAUUCUAGAUUCUGCAUUCUACUAAGGUGGCUUUGAUUAUCAUAAUCAAUAUUCUUUGGUGUGAAAUUGAAGUAAUUUUAUUUUCUAUACAAGUUUUCUUGUUUGUUUUUUUGGGUGCAAAUAGCUAACUAGUACAUAUAUAGAAACUAUGUAAACAAUUAAUCGUAUUUUCUUAUAUAGACCAUUACCAGGAGAUGGGUAAGGGUUACAAAUGCUAAAAUCCAGACUUCAAACCUCUAAAUUGUAUGAACAAAAUAAAAUAAACUUGAGAUUAUUGUUUAAUA